ACGCGCACGGUAGCGCAGUAGUUCCGGAUUACCCUCCAAGCGCGCCGCCGACCCGCGUAGUCCUGUGACCGCGUCAACUGUUCACGCCGACGGACGACGACGAGAGAUAUUUCGCGCGAUUUCCACUUCCGUUUGCCGUUCGAAUAUAAUCCCUCCGUCGUUUAUCGUUAAUAUUAUUAUUUAUUUAUUUUUUUUUAUUUAAUAUUUUUUUACGAAUUUGGUCGUCCGUCCGGGCACAGUGUAGUUGGUUUACGUACCGUCGUGAAUAUAAUACGCAGUGUGUGAUCCCGCGCGGUGUCCAAGUGCGAGUCGGGUUAUAGCGUAACACGAUUGCCGAAGUUGGAUGUGUGUGCGAAUUUUUUUAUUUUUAUUUCAUUGCUGUGCGAGUUCGAUUAUUUUUCUAAAAAUUUUUCCUCAAACAAAUUUCAAUAUUAUUAUACUUGACGGAUAAUGAAUAGAAUUCAACAGCCGAAUUUGCCGAUGCCGGUUUCCUGAUUGUAGUUAAUAGAUAUUCAGUCGAUUAAGAAAUACAGGAAACAAUAAAAGAUAAAAUAUCACCUUUCAUAUAGUUCAACAUAGUACGCGGCAAAGCGGUUGCUACAAAUAAUGGUAAUCAAACCUGUCAGUACCACAAAUCCUUGAUUAUACUAAAGUCUGCUGGUGCUAGAUAUAUAGUACAUAGCAUUUUCUAUUAAUAGUACGAGUUGCAUACAAUUCAGAAAGCAAUACGUUAUUGAUACACUUAAAAUGCACAUCAGAAUUUGGCGUUGUAUCUAGGACGCAUUUGUUGUGACUCUGAAAAUAGUAGUACCAACUUUUGAAGAAAAUUGUUGCGAAUACGAACGGUUAUUGGAAAACACUAAAACACUUAAAACCACGGUACAAAAUAACCUUAUACCGCAGUGUAACCAAACGGUAACGUCCGGUAUGCCAGUGUACGACCACAGUGACAUUCUGUACCGUACGUGAUCGCCGAGAGUGUCCGUCGGUAUGGUGAAACGGCCGAUGACCGAAUACAACACUCCGGUUAUUUCACAGACACCUAUUAUACCGCGACCGCGGUCAUGGAACAUGGUGACGACGUGUUCAACCACACCCCCUCGACAGUCGUUACGUCACUCGAUCCCCGGGACUCACUGUACCGGUUGAGCGCCAUGGACAACGGCACCGACCCCACGGUCCAACAGGUGACCGGUGACAUGAUGGACUGGUCCGAUUACGUGUCGGUAGCGCUGAAAACGUCCAUCAUGGCCAUCAUCAUACUGACCUCGAUUGGCGGCAACCUGCUGGUGAUCGUAUCCGUGGCCCGACACCCACGGUUGCGGGUGAUCACCAACUACUUUGUCGUGUCGCUGGCGUUCGCCGACAUGCUGGUGGCCAUCGUGGCCAUGACGUUCAACGCCAGCAAGCUGAUCAGCGGCAAGUGGAUUUUCGGGUACUUCAUGUGCGACGUGUGGAACUCGAGCGACGUGUACUUCUCCACCGCGUCCAUACUUCACCUGUGCUGCAUCAGCGUGGACCGGUAUUACGCCAUCGUCAAGCCGCUCAAGUACCCGGUGCUGGUCACCAAGCGGCUGGUGGCGUUCCUGCUGCUCGUCACGUGGGUGGCGCCCGGCAUUAUCGCGUUCGUGCCCAUCUUCUACGGUUGGUACACCACCGACGAGUAUCUGGCUUACCGGAUGGCACACCCGGACGACUGCGAUUGGGUGGUGAACAAAGUGUACGUGAUCGUGUCGUCGUCCAUAUCAUUUUGGAUACCCUGCACGAUCAUGUUAUUCACAUACCACGCUAUAUUCAAAGAGGCGAACCGGCAAGAAAAGCAGAUACACGCAAGGAUUAGUUGUGGUCAGCAGAUAAACUACAACCGGGAGCUGGCUGAAAACCAGCUGCGAUCGAACGGUGCGGCAAACGGGUCGUCGUCCAGGACUACGCUGGCGCCCAACGACCACCACUCGACCCCUUCCCGGGACAACAGGAACAUCAUCAAAAUGAAACGGGAGCACAAGGCGGCGAGGACGCUAGGCAUAAUCAUGGGCACGUUUAUCGUUUGCUGGCUUCCCUUCUUCUUGUGGUACGUUAUCACGACGCUAUGCGGCGAGGCGUGCAACAUAUCGUCGUCUGUGGUGGCCGUGCUCUUCUGGAUCGGUUACUUCAACUCUACGCUGAAUCCACUCAUCUACGCAUACUUCAACCGAGACUUCCGGGAAGCGUUCAAGAACACGCUGCAGUGUGCGUUCUGCAACCUGUGCCGGAGCCCACCGUCCGACUUGGAGGCGCUCGACGCGCGGAGGCCGUCCCUCCGGUACGAUGACCGUACGCGCAGCGUGUACUCCGAAACGUACCUGAACCACUGCGACAGGCGCCGGUCCAGUCAAUUUGGUAGCAGCUUAUGAUCCACUGCGCCGCCAAGACCCCGGCAUCGAAUCUAGAGCUUUUUCCGCACACCCCUCGCCGGAAUCUGCACCGACAUCCAUGCCCUCCCCCUCAAAAAACCCACCAUCCCAUGAAAACAAAACCGAAAAUCAGUUGCCACAAUUAUUAGUGUUAACGAAAACCGUUACGCCAUCGCGUAUAAUAAUAAUAUGAUAUACCUAUUUGACUUGGCGACAACAACAAAAACAAUAAUAAUAUUAUGCGCCAUGAUUUUGUAUCGUGGACCCGGUGACUGCUCAGAAAAUACGAGGAAUUAAUUUCGUUUUUUCUAAUGGCUAAAAUCAUAUUAAGUAGGUUAUUUGCAUUUUUCGAUGACUGUUUGCAGUAUUUAUUCUUAAAAACAAAUUCCUUGUGUAUGCUGAGGUAAUAAUAUUUGUACCUGGUUUGUGAUAAAAUAAUCAUCUCAUAUGCAUUAUCGGCACCCGUACAGACAUUUGCGUACGUUUAUAGACAAGCUUCUCUUCCUUUGCAACUACCUCACGACAGAGUGCUAUAAAUUAUAAUAAUAAUUGAUGUUCGCCCGACAGUAUAUUGUAUCGUCGUCAUUAAACGAAAUGUAUUCGGUUAUGCUCGUUUUAAUCUGGUUGUUCGGUGACGAUCUAUCGUUAUUUCAAUCACCACCCGCCGAGUGAAUUCACCACAACGACUCGAACGAUAUCGUAUUAUUAUUAUUAUUAUUAUUAUUACUAUUAUUAUUAUUAUUUAUAAUUUAACGAUAUAGCAAUGAUACUGUACGAUAUUUCUGGUGUUGCUGACAUUUUUAAUUUAGGCGAAUAAGCUAAAAUAAUUAUAGCAAUCGUCUUUGGGCUCGGUGUUUUGCAUUUUAUUACGGUCAUAUUAUAAUAUAUAGUUCACCAACAAGCGCUACAGCUGAGUUCACUGUAAUAGAUGUGCCUACGCGAAAACGACAAGACAUGUUAAUGUUGCGCAUUAAUAUUAAUAUUAAGUACAAUAUAAUAAUCAAAUUUUGAUUUUAUAAGUUUUUAUACAUUUUAAUUGAAUUAGAAAAUACAUUUGAAAAAAUAGCAUACUCGUCGAGGAUAAUACGUGCAGAGUUUAGUUCUAUUAUCGAUAUUCGCUUUUAUGUCAAAGAUAUAAUAUAACAUCGUUAUACUUUUCUAUAUGAAAAAAACAACAGUGUGGUUUAUUUUGUACUCUCAUUACGAAUAUCGCGGGCCACAGAAUUGUAAAUGAAAAUAUUUGAUGACAAUUAUUAUCAGAGAAUAAAUUCUACAGUUUGUGAACCGUAGAAAAUAACAAAUAAUGACGUACUAAAGCGAUAUAUUUUUUAAAUGAAUUCUAUCUUCCUCCUGGAAUUGUGUCAAUUCAAAUAGUAUGGUAACAUUUAAUCCAUGUACUAUCGAACCUCCGGUUAAGAACAAUAACAAACAAGACUGUAUAAUUUCGUUUUCGUCUUUGUUACCAAAUAGCCUAUUAGUUUUAAAACAUAUAAUAUUAUUAUCAUUGUAAUAUAACAGUCUGGUGUAAAAUAUUUAAAACACAUAAGUAAUAAUAUAAAAGAUCGCUAACUUUUUUACUGCUUUGUUAUUUUUUUUCGAUAUUGGUAAUUUGUAUUAAAUAGUUUCACCAAUGCUAUAAAACUAUAUUAUGUAGACGUUAUGAUAUUGCGUCUUUAGAAAUAAUUAUCUAUGAAAUGAUAAGAAUUGUAUUUUAAUUUAAUAAAUAGUUCACAUCUCAAAGUUGUCGAGCCUCAUCAAUAAGAAUAAUAAUAAUAAUAAUAACAAUAUAAUGAUAUAAAAUAAAUCUUUUAUGUAUUGAAACCUGCUUUAUAUUAAUAAUGGAACAGAUGACAAAAAAUGCGUAAAAAUAUUAUAUAAAAAAAAAAAGUUUAAGUAAAAUCAAUAUCUCGUAUUUAUGAAUGUAUAUCUAGUAAUAGUUAUCCGAUAAAUUAUCCUAUAGCUAUGGUUAAACACAGUGAUUCAAAUAUACAUAUUUUAAUUAUUAUAAAAUUGUUAUUUAUCAAUUAAAUUGCUGUGAUACAUUUUGACGGCACGUCGUGAUUAGAUGGACUACGUUUUAAAUGGCUACAAACUACAUCUAUUAUAAUGUACAAUAUACAAAUUUAUGGUAUGUAUUUCUAACUGCAGUUGUAUAUUUUACGAUAUAAUGUUAACAAUUAACUCGACGAUUAGUGUAUUGUUUCACAUGCGUUGUCCACUGCACAUCAAGGCCUAGUUAAUUAAUUUUAAUUUAGUGACGUUUCAACAGUGUGUAUUGUUGGGUGGUAAAUUUACAGUUUAUUUUGGUAAAUUAAUAAAUUAAUGAGCACAAAAUAAUAAUGAUUAUAAACAAUUUAAAAAUACAACAAAUGAAUAAGUUCAAUGGGGUCUCGGUGGUACACUCUAAGAAGAUAAUUAAUUGAUUAAUUUAUUGUUGUUGAUUUUUAAGGUUUUUAAAUUAUUUAUGUUAUAAUAGUGAAAAUUUGAUCAUUAAUUUCUUUUGACUGUUUUAUAAUGGAAAAUAUAAAUAGUAUUUUUCAUGAAAAAGGGAGAUGAAUUAAAAAUAAAUAAUUUAGAAUCUGCAGUAGAUGAUAAAUACUACUUCCGGGAAAGAUGGGAAUAUAAAAAUAUAAUAAAAUUAUUUUAACCAUAAUCUAAAAUGUGAAUCAAUUGUCGAAAAUAUUGUAAUUUGUUGUUAUUAUUAUUAUUUUUUUGUUUUUUUUUUUUUUUUUACUUUUGGAAUUGUUCUAUAAACUGUACCUAUUGUAAAUAAUUGCAAUUGUUUUUGAUAAUCAAUUUUUUUUCAUAUAUAAUAUAACAAUUAUGUAUAAAUACGCAACAUUACAAGUAGCAAAUAUUAUGGUGUUACAGCUUAUUAAAUAGAAAAUAUAAUGUUCAGAUGUCAAAAAUAAAUCACUUAGUGGAUACAAAUUUCGAAAAAUCCCAUACAAAUACCUACAUAAAAAAUAAUGUGAUCCAUUGAUGAAAAAAUGGAAAAUAUGAAAUAUUUUGAACGCAUUUUUCCAAGUAGAAAGUAAGUAUAUAGCAUUGAUUCGUUUGGUUUUACCAAUAUAUUCUUCAAUACACACUAACCUUAAGAGAAAAAAAUACUUGUACAUUUGUAACCACUUCAAUAAAAUCGAACACAAUUUACAAUAGAGACCGUAUGCAAAAGUACACGUUAACACCAUUAUGGUAAAAUAGCGAGUACCUAUUAUUAUGACGUUUGUAAUAUUAUAUACAAUUUCAACGCUAUACCCGUACUUACGAAUCUAAAGCAGUUAACAAUUUUUUUUUUUAUCCGACACGUUUCCAACACUAGUAAUGUUAGUAAAUUAUAGCAAUCGUUAUUCGACUCUUUGCUCUACGAACUUGGACCAAAUGUAUUAUACAUAAUAAAGUAUCUAUUAUUAUGCAAUCUAUAUGCUGACCUUGGUUAACGUCCUAUUUUCUCAAUAAAAAAAACAACCAAAAACUUAAGUAUUUUACGAAAUUACGAAAUAUACUAAUAUGUACUAGUAGUAUUGCAUUCGGCGAAAUAAAUUAUUAUGCAUGGACGCUUUUAAACGGAUUUCACAUUCAUAUUAAUCGUUUAUGAUCGUAUACAUAGUGAAAUUACUGUUCCUUCUUGUAACAUAUAAUAAUGAUAUUAUAACAUACAAAUAGGUAUGCAAUAGUUUAUACUAAUAUAUGUACACAAUGUUUAUGUUUACUUUGAAAUGUAUUGUUUUGUUAUUACAAUUAUAUAAUAAUUACUAGCGAAACCAUCAUGUAAUACUAUUAUACUAUAUAAUAUGUAUAUUGUUUAUGUACUACAAUAUAGUAAUAAUUAUUAAUAUAUAUAUAUAUAUUUAAUAUUAGAUGCAGACACAUUUUGUACCUGAAAGUCCUAAUCAAAAUUGUAAAAGUAGCGUUGAUUAUUAAUUCUUUAUUUAUACAUACAUUUUUACUACCUAUAUACAAUAAAUUUUAUAGUUACAUAUAUGUACAAAAUUAUAUCAAAAAUCUAUACAUUAUAUCUUAAAAAUAAUAAUAAUAAGUAUAAUAUAAUGUAUUAUGUGUAUACUUUAACUACUAUAUUUAUUAUUAAUUAUAGCCCACUUAUGACAAAAAUGAACUAUAGAGUGAUUCUAACAGAUUUGUAAUGUGUUAAGUCUUGCUUGAAAUUUUGAACUAUUGUAUAAUAUAAUAUAAUGAUUAAAUAACUACGUAUUCAA